GGGGCAGCGCCUCUCGCCUCUCGCCUCUCGCCCGCGGACUGACGGUGCUCGAGCGGGCCGGCCCGAGCCCGAGCCCCGAGCCCCGCGCCAAGCCCGGGUCCGGCCGCGAUGCUCAUGAGGAAGGUGCCGGGCUUCGCGCCGGCCUCGCCGUGCUCGUGGGGGCUGCGGCUGCCGCAGAAGUUCCUCUUCCUGCUCUUCCUCUCGGGCCUCGUCACCCUGUGCUUCGGGGCCCUCUUCCUCCUGCCCAACUCCUCCCGCCUCAAGCGCCUCUUCCUGGCGCCCCGGACCCAGCAGCCCGCCCUGGAGGUGGUGGCCGAAGUGGCCGGGCACCCCCUGGCCCGCGCGCGGGACUCGCCUCCCAACCCGGCGCCCGCCGCCCCGGCCCCGGGGGCAGAGGAGCUCCGCGGCGCGGCCGGUGCCCGGCGCAGGAAGGGGUGGCUGCGGCGCACCACGCUGCCCACCCGGCCCCGGGAGGAGGCCACGGCGCCUCGGAGCAGCGGCCUCACGGCCCCCAGAGCCCAGGAGCAAAGCGUCCCGUUUAGCUUCGAUUUCCACGCUUUCCGGGCUCGCCUCCGCCACCCGGUUCUGGGGACUAAGGCCAACGAGAGGCAGGAGCCCCCGAGCCUAGUUGGAAGCCAGCGGGAGAAGAUCAGGGAGAUGAUGCAGUUUGCCUGGCAGAACUACAAGCGCUAUGCAAUGGGAAAGAAUGAGCUCCGGCCACUCACGAAGGAUGGCUACGAGGGCAACAUGUUUGGAGGCCUCAGUGGAGCCACAAUCAUCGACUCCCUGGAUACACUCUACCUCAUGGAGCUGAAAGAGGAGUUCCAGGAGGCCAAAGCCUGGGUUGAAGAGAGCUUCCACCUGAAUGUGAGUGGAGAAGCCUCUUUGUUUGAGGUGAACAUCCGGUAUGUUGGAGGUCUCCUCUCAGCCUUCUACCUGACAGGAGAAGAGGUAUUCCGGGUCAAGGCCAUCAAGCUCGGAGAGAAACUCCUUCCAGCCUUCAACACCCCCACAGGCAUCCCCAAAGGUGUUGUGAACUUCAAAAGUGGCUCCAACAGGAGCUGGGGCUGGGCCAUGCUGGGAAGCAGCAGUAUCCUGGCCGAAUUCGGAUCCCUCCACUUGGAAUUCUUACACCUCACUGAGCUUUCUGGCAACCCGAUCUUCGCUGAAAAGGUCAGGAAUAUCCGAAAGGUCCUCAGGAAGAUUGACAAGCCCUUUGGCCUCUACCCCAACUUCCUGAGCCCAGUGAGCGGAAACUGGAUGCAGCACCAUGUCUCAGUUGGAGGACUCGGGGACAGUUUUUAUGAAUAUUUGAUCAAAUCCUGGUUGAUGUCGGCCAAGACAGAUAUGGAAGCUAAAGAUAUGUACUACGAAGCCUUGGAGGCGAUAGAAACCCACUUGCUGAAUGUCUCUCCUGGGGGGCUGACCUACAUUGCUGAGUGGCGAGGGGGUAUUCUGGACCACAAGAUGGGGCACCUGGCCUGUUUUUCCGGGGGCAUGAUCGCCCUCGGCGCUGAUGAUGCCAAGGAAGAAAAGAGGUCCUACUACCGAAAGCUCGCAGCCCAGAUCACCAAGACGUGCCAUGAAUCAUACGCUCGUUCAGAUACCAAACUCGGACCCGAAGCCUUCUGGUUUAACUCUGGCAGGGAGGCCGUGGCCACACAGCUGAGCGAGAGCUACUAUAUCCUGCGACCAGAGGUGGUGGAGAGCUACAUGUACCUAUGGCGGCAGACCCACGACCCCAUCUACAGAGAGUGGGGCUGGGAAGUGGUGAUGGCCUUGGAGAAGUACUGCCGGACAGAAACUGGCUUCUCGGGCAUCCAGGACGUGUACAGCAGCAUCCCCAACCAUGACAACAAGCAACAGACCUUCUUCCUGGCUGAGACACUAAAGUACCUCUAUCUUCUGUUCUCUGAAGAUGACGUGUUCUCCCUGGAAGACUGGGUGUUCAACACAGAGGCCCACCCGCUCCCGGUGAGCCACAUGGACAGCACCAGCAGACCAGGGACCCUGCUCUGACAGCUCCUGCUGCUUCAGGACUCCUCAGGCCUGGUCUUUUCAGGAUUCAGGGCUGUUCUCAAAGGGAUUGGGAAUACUGCCUCAUUCCAGGCUGACCCUGGGCAGAUGUGUUGGACAAGCAACUUCUUUUCCUCUGUGAGGAGACAGGACUUGGAGACGCAGUGAUGUCACACCAGGCCCAGACCUUCCUUUCUACGGAAAAUUUCUAUGAAACUCAUUCAAUUGCCAUUCCAGGGCCAAAGGUUUGCAUAUGACCCCAAGUAUUUGAUUUGCUUCCUUUAUUUUAUUUUUUUCUUUUUGGAUGAGGUUUUUCUUGGUUUGUUUUUUCCUGCUUGAUUUUUGCCUUUUCUCUACAGUUGUGGUUUGUCGCAAAUUAUAAAUAUAGUUUUCAAUAUCAUGUGCUUUCAAAAUGAUGUCAUCAUGAGAAACUAAACCUUCAGGUGUUUAUAUACCUACAAAACCCCUGACUUAAUUUUCUCUAUUUUAAAUGCCUUUUACCCAACAUUUACUCUAUGUUCAACUCUGUCAUUUACCUUAUAAUUUGAAGAGAAGUACCCUUUGAUUUGGGCUUACGUGUUAAGAACUAGUGCUAUUUUCAUUAUUGUAAUGGAAAAAUCUGUAAACUUACAAUAAAAGAAUUUAUUGAAUAAGAAA